AAAUCAAACCCACAUCUCUUGUGUCUUCUGCAUUGGCAUGCAGAUUCUUUACCACUGGCACCACCUAGAAAGCCCCUCUUCACACCAUACAUAAGAAUAAGCUCUGGAUCAGUGAUACAAAUAUCAAACACUAUUCAAAUAACGUAUAUGGGUGAAUUUGGAAAUUUUUCUGUGACUCAAGAUCAAGGUACAUUGAAAGAAAAUACUGAUAAAUUUUACUACAUUAAAAAAUUUUAAUUGCAUGACAGAAAACUAUAAGGAAAAUCAAAAUUUGCCAUUUAUAACACACAAGGGAAAAUUUAGGGUAAAUUCCUAAAUACAAAGUUUUAUAAACAUUUGAAAGAUUAAAAACACUGAAGAAAAAAGGAUAAAAGAUAACAGACAAGUCCACACACACAUACAAGAAUAAUAAAAAAUGGCUUAAUAUAGAACUGUACUGGUUUUUAAUACCAGUCCCCACUAAAAAUUAUGGGAGCUCCUUGGAGAAAUGGUUGAUUUCAGAGCUGGAGCAGUGUAGGUUUAAAAUAAUACUAGAUUAUCUUGAUAUCCCAGAAAGUAAGGCAUUGUCCAGAAUGGAUGUGGGCAUGUCAGAAUGACGUGAUACGAGUUCAGGGUGAUACUAGUAGCCAAAUCUGGGGUGAUUUGAACCUCCAAAUAAUUAAGGAUAAUAGUGAAUUAUAAACUACUGGGGGGAAAAAAAGGAGUUAGUGAGCUCAUACCGAUAAUGAGUAGGUAGGUAGAUACAUAAAGGGGAUGAUGAGAGAGUUUCCUACUGACUGGUAAGAGAAUACUAGAAUUAGAAAAUCAUUUUGUGACAUCAUAAUGUUUGGUUCUGCAGGAGCUUUUGGAUGCCUAAUUUAGGUAAGAGAAUGGUGGAAUUUCAAUGAGAAACAGUAUUUGUUUUAAAUGUGUCCCCAGGAUUGCUUAUUAAUUUCAGGGAGAAGUAUGUAAGGUAAGUAUACUGGAAAACGUAGACAGCACCAAGAGGGGAGGAGGCCUAUAUUAUCCAAAAGCAAUCUUAUAGAUUAAAGAAAACUAGGGAUACAAAUACAACAUGUGAUCCUGGACUGGAGGGGAGAAAUUUUAUAAAGGAUAUUAUUGGGUCCAUUGAACUACAGAUGGUAAGUUAGGGCAAAGUGUUUUAUGUUAAAUUUCCUGAAACUGAAUAAUUGUGCUGUAGUUAUGAGAGAAUGUUUAUAUUCUCAGGAAAUGCACACUGAAGCAGUUUGGAAUAAAAAGACAUGUAUGGGACUUCCUGGUGGUCCAGUGGUUAAGGUUCUGCAGUGGAAACUUCAGGACUGAACAUUCUUCACGAUCCGAAGGGAACAGAGGAGACUCAUUCGGGAUGUUUGACGGUUAUGACAGCUGCAGUGAGGACACAAGUAGCAGCUCCAGCUCUGAGGAGAGUGAAGAGGAAGUUGCUCCUUUACCUUCUAAUCUCCCCAUUAUCAAAAACAAUGGCCAAGUGUACACAUACCCAGAUGGUAAAUCUGGCAUGGCUACCUGUGAAAUGUGUGGAAUGGUUGGUGUGCGAGAUGCUUUUUACUCUAAAACAAAGCGUUUCUGCAGUGUUUCAUGUUCAAGAAGUUACUCGUCAAACUCGAAGAAGGCAAGCAUUUUGGCCAGACUUCAGGUAACGGGUAAGCCUCCAACAAAGAAAGCAAAAGUUCUUCAGAAACAACCUUUAGUUGCUAAACUAGCUGCAUAUGCUCAGUAUCAAGCUACCUUACAAAAUCAAGCAAAGACUAAAUCAGCAGCAGUCUCCACAGAAGGUUUCAACUGGGGUAACUACAUCAAUAGCAAUAGCUUUAUAGCAGCUCCAGUUACCUGCUUUAAACAUGCGCCUAUGGGGACCUGCUGGGGUGAUAUCUCAGAAAAUGUGAGAGUAGAAGUUCCCAACACAGACUGCAGCCUACCUACCAAAGUCUUCUGGAUCGCUGGAGUAGUAAAAUUAGCAGGUUACAAUGCCCUUUUAAGAUAUGAAGGAUUUGAAAAUGACUCUGGUCUGGACUUCUGGUGUAGUAUAUGUGGUUCUGAUAUCCAUCCAGUUGGUUGGUGUGCUGCAAGUGGAAAACCUCUUGUCCCUCCUAGAACUAUUCAGCAUAAGUAUACAAACUGGAAAGCUUUUCUAGUGAAACGACUUACUGGUGCCAAAACUCUUCCUCCCGAUUUCUCACAAAAGGUUUCAGAGAGCAUGCAGUAUCCUUUCAAACCUUGCAUGAGAGUAGAGGUGGUUGACAAGAGGCAUUUGUGUCGAACGCGAGUGGCAGUGGUGGAAAGUGUAAUUGGAGGAAGAUUAAGACUAGUAUAUGAAGAGAGUGAAGAUAGAACAGAUGACUUCUGGUGCCAUAUGCACAGCCCAUUAAUCCAUCAUAUUGGUUGGUCUCGAAGCAUAGGCCAUCGAUUCAAAAGAUCUGAUAUUACAAAGAAACAGGAUGGACAUUUUGAUACACCACCACAUUUAUUUGCUAAGGUAAAAGAAGUAGACCAGAGUGGGGAAUGGUUCAAGGAAGGAAUGAAAUUGGAAGCUAUAGACCCAUUAAAUCUUUCCACAAUAUGUGUUGCGACUAUUAGAAAGGUGCUGGCUGAUGGAUUCCUGAUGAUUGGGAUCGAUGGCUCAGAAGCAGCAGAUGGAUCUGACUGGUUCUGUUAUCAUGCAACCUCCCCUUCUAUUUUCCCUGUUGGUUUCUGUGAAAUUAACAUGAUUGAACUCACUCCACCCAGAGGUUACACAAAGCUUCCUUUUAAAUGGUUUGACUACCUCAGGGAAACUGGCUCCAUUGCAGCACCAGUAAAACUGUUUAAUAAGGAUGUUCCAAAUCAUGGAUUUCGUGUUGGAAUGAAAUUAGAAGCAGUAGAUCUCAUGGAGCCACGAUUAAUAUGUGUAGCCACAGUAACUCGAAUUAUUCAUCGUCUGUUGAGGAUACAUUUUGAUGGAUGGGAAGAAGAAUAUGAUCAGUGGGUAGACUGUGAGUCCCCUGACCUCUAUCCUGUAGGGUGGUGUCAAUUAACUGGAUAUCAACUGCAGCCUCCAGCAUCACAGUCAUCAAGAGAAAGCCAGUCAGGUUCAUCAAAACAGAAGAAAAAGACUAAGUCCCAGCAAUACAAAGGACAUAAGAAAAUGACUACAUUGCAGCUGAAAGAAGAGUUGAUAGAUGGAGAGGAUUAUAGUUUCCUCCAAGGAGCAUCUGAUCAGGAAAGCAAUGGCUCUGCUAACUUUUACAUCAAACAAGAGCCUUGAGGUUGCUCAGAAACUGAGGGUGGGAGGGAAAGAAUUUUACACAGGACUGAUUUUAUAAUCAAUCCAGCUGUACAGUGGGGCUAUUCUACUGGGACAUUUUGCUAAACAUAGAAAAUUUCAGUUCCAGAUUUUUCAAGUGGGUAGGGAAACUAUUUUAGCCUUGGGGGGAAAUUUUUCAAUUUAUAAAGAUGGACAAUUUUUGUGUUGUAUUUGAAGCUUUUGAAAGAAUUUUGUAAUAUUUUCCAAGUUUGGAUUUAUGUGCAUUGUUAACAAGAAUUGAAAUUCUAACUUUUUUGGUAAGAUUAAAGUUUAGGUAGCAGGAUUGAAGGAAAUGACUUAAGAAAGAUACUGUUGUAAAUGCAAACGAACUGUCAUUACUAAUGAACCUUUUUGGUACCUGUUGGGAGAUUUUGGGAUUUUUAAAAGUUAGGCCAGUCACAUCUCCAGCUUCCUCUGCUGCAGAAUAUGCAACUGAAUCCCCCCUGUGGAGAGCUCAUCACCACAUAAAUCAUGGAAGGGUAAUUAAUUCUGCUUGUUGGCAUUUUAUUGCAGCCCAUUUUAAAUAUUUGUACAGAAGUGUUUCAUUCUGUGAAAAUUUAUUUGGAGUUCUGUAUGAAACUGGAAGAACUCUGGAUACUUUUAUAUGUUCUCUUUUAAUUAAAAAUGAGUAAAAUUAUCCUAACACUAAAGUGUUAAACUGGAAUAGUUGACAAGAUAUACAAGAUCUCGGUCUACAUGUUGAGGGAUUGGGGAAAAUGCAAUAUUGUCCUAAGUUUAUUUUAUUUUCCUUACUAAAAAAUAUCCCACAAAAGGAAUUCUCAUUAGUUCUCUGCCAUUUCUCUCCAUCUGUGAGAGAAUACUUGUAUAACUACACCCCAAAACUUAUGUGUUCUGUACUACCAGGAGAAUCAAAAUUAUUUUAACAGUUGUUUAAAGCCAAGAUAAGUCUAGAUUUCAAAAUCAUUCCUGCUCUGCUUUUGACUAUCCUGGAUUUGUUAGAAAACUAAUUUGAAAGAGAAUUUAAUUUUCUUAAAAUUCCAUAUAUGUAUGAAUUGUCUUUAACUGUAUUCAGAUUUAAUUUUAACAGUAAUACCUGAUUUGGACCAUUUCAAACAUUCCCUAUUUUUAAAUUCACAUGGCUUCGUUUAAAAAAGGAUAUAAGGGUAAAUUGGUGAAAGGUUUGCUCUCUGCAUUUUUCUGACUGAGUUGUGACUGAAUGAGAGAGCUUUAGCAUUUACCAGUGAGGUUCAUAAACUAAACUCUCAGGAAUUAAUUGCAUCUGUUGUAGAAGUGCUUCUGGGUAUUAGCCUGGCCUCUUCAGAGUGGUAAUAUUAACCAUCUCCUCUGGAAUAUAGGUAGGGCUAAUUAGAAAUUAAUCAAAAUGAUUAACCUCUACAGUCCUUCAGCCUAUGGAAUGCUUUAAAAAAUGUCAAUGGAAAGCCCCAGGAGACCAUAUUAGGUAAGAUUUUUUUUGUUUGAAUUUUAAAAUGCAUAGAACAUUAAAAACCAGCAAUUUAUUUUCUAAAAUAUUGCUCUACUUUUGGGAAUAAUAGCAUUGGUAAUAUGCACAGGUUUACCUCAUUCUAUGCAAGAGGGGUUAAUAUCAUAAGGUUUUGUAGUUGCUACUGGAAGUAAAAUUUGUUACUUUAUAGUGUAAGAAUGUAUGGAAUUGCAUGUCAACAUUUCUUAAUACUGUCUCUUUAGGGGCAUAAAUGCAAGUCAUAUCAAUGCCAGGUUGAUUCUUAUGUGUCAAAUAUAUGUGAAUUCAGCUGUUAAAUUACUGGAUAUUUAUCUUAAACAUUACUGAGAGGGACCUACUGUAAAUGUGACAUAAACUUCCCAAAUCUUCAACUUUUAAGAAUCUUCCCAUGAACUUACAGCCUGGAAGACUUCUAAAGCAAAGGUUACAACAGUCUUUAUUCUCAGGCUCAGUGAAUUUAAACCCAGGACUCCAAUUGCAUGUUAUGGGCACAAGAAGCUAGUUGUAGCGUGUGCUUUAACAGUACCCUGAGCUUAAUAUCUCUAUGGGGAACCGAAUAAACCAGGAGGGAUUUAAUUUGGAGCCUGGUAAUUAGUUCUGUGAAAUGCUCAUUUGUAGCCAGAUUUUAUAAGCUUCUAAUUUUACAGCAAAGCCAGGCUGUUCUCAAAUUUGCCACGUGUUAAUAUUUAUGAAGUGUUUUCUUGUCUUAAUCCCAUGACCAACAUGGUCAUGGUAAGGACUCUGUACCAGAUAAACUCAAUCUGAAGCCCUCUUCACUGUUCAGGCUCUUAACUCCUACUGCCAAAAGAACAGAAAAUGACUUGGUGGCAGAGGAGGUUUGUCUUAGCCACAACUCCAAGUGUACAACUCAGUAGCCCCGUCCUCUUACGGUUCAAAUAUACUGCUGACCUUGGGUUUGUUGUUGUUUUUUUUUUUUUUUUUUCCUGUUAGGAUUAUUUGGGGAUUUUUGGUAGUUUAAACUCUUUAACUUUUUCCUUGCUGUGUAUGAGGAAAGCUAAAGCUGUUAUCAACUUCUUAUUCUAUGGAUACUAACACGGGUUUUCAGUGUUUGUUUGUUUUUAUUAUUAUUCAUUUUGUGUGAUGUGAAUACCCUCUCCCAUCACUAUUUGUAUUAUGGUGCUAUAUAUUUGGUAAUGAUCCUUUACUAUUGGGAAGGGAUUUUAAAAAUACUGUGAUUAAACUGGGUUUCUUCCUUUGAUUUUCAUAUUUUAAAUAAAGCCACAGUCAUUUAUACAAAAGAAAAGCAUCUGUCCCUGGGCAAAUCUUUUGAGGACAGAGGUCAAAGUAAACUGCAUAAGGUUUUUACAUCAUUUCUGUAUGUAUUUGAUAUAUAGAUCAAUAUCUGUACAAAUUUAAUCUUUUAUUUUCUUGGUAACUUGUGAUCAUUGAGAAAGUGUUUGAAACUUUCUCAUGAAGUGUAUAUAAUGGCGUGAAAAAUUCCUUUGGAAAAAUUUAUGUUCCUUUCAUUUUUACCAAAUUGAAAAUUUUCAGCAUGGAUGUGUUAAAAGCAUUAAAAUUAUAACUUUGUGUACAAGAUGAAAAUAAUUCACUAAAUUUGCCCUUUUUUACACAAAAUAAAAUGUUAAAGUUAA